AUGGUUGCGCCGGGCGGGAAGCUGGACCUGUGGAACCAGGAGUACCCCUUCGCCAAGGUCGAGCCUUGCGACUUCGUCGCAGAGGUGAAUGGCGAGACCGGGAUCCAGGCCAUGAUGCGUGAGCUCUCCAAGCGCUCGGCGGUACGCCUGCGGAUCCUGCGCUUCCCGUCGCCCUUCACGGUGAAGCAGUGGGGAUUGUUCACGGUGCUUUUGGGGUUCCGUAUCCGCAGCUGGUCGCUGGUCACGUCGGGCAUCAGGGCAGAGCGGGACCCGUUAAAGAAGAAGACAGUCAUGGUCCAUUUGGGAGGGGGCAUCGGUGACGGCCGGGCGCUAGGGGGCAUGAAGUUUGCGGUGCUGGUGGAGCUGGUGGAGGUGACACUGGAAAGCACCGAGAGGGCCUGGCGCCUAGAGAAGUUUCAGACGGGCCGCUGUCUCGAUGGUGGUGCCAGUGGUGGCUUCGUGCCCAUCGACAUCCAAUGCAUCAAAUCUGAUGCCGCCUUGGGCCCUCAAGUGGCCUAUCUGCAAUCUUGGGCUGAUACCUCUGCCAGGUAUCACCCACCCAUGAACAACCGAGAUCGCGGCUUGGUGAUCAAGGUACUGGACAGCCGCAUGGACGAGCACAACAAGACUUCCGUGAGGCGGAAGAACUUCCACCACGUGGUGAUGAAUGGGAUGGUCAUCGAGGGUGCCUGGUUUUAUGUUAACUUGUGGCGAGCGCACGUGGCUGGUGUCAACGACGUGGAGGGCGCGGGCCAGAAGCUCCAGCGAGCGCUCCUGGAGGCGCCGCGUGAGGGGCGAGGGGGCCGGCGAGGUUUUGCAAAAGGCAUGGUGCAAACUGAAGAUGACCUUGCGAUGCGGCAGAUGGGGUGGCCGGCAGACGAGGCGUCGGGGGACGACCGGGGCCGCUCGCCCCGGGGCGCGGGGGGCUUCGCCACCCGCGCCGCGGAGUUCGCGGAGCGGCGCCUGGCCGAGGGCCGCGAGCCCGAGUUCGGGCGCCGCGGCUCCCGCAAGCCUUGGCAGGGCCAGGCCUUCGGCGCAGCGCCUCCAGAAGCUCGCCCGGAGCUGGAGCUGGACGGGGGGCGGCGCGACAAAGUCUCCGAGCUACGGGACUACUCCUCCCGGCUCUGGCGCGACGGUGCGCCCGGAAAGCCGCAGCCCGGCGCUUCAAAGGACGCGCGGGAGGCGGCGCGGGAAGCAGCGCGCGAUGCGGCCGAGGCCAAGGAGCUUGCUCUGCUGACGGGCGGCCGGCCCAGCCUUUUGAAGCAAGAUGCGGCUGGCAAGCAAGCCAUCGUGUCAGAGGAGCAGGAAAAGAAAAAGGACAAGACAGGUAAGAGGGACAAGAAGGACAAAAAGGACAAGAAGUCCAAGAAGGACAAGAAAGCCAAGAAGGUCAAAAAAGACAAGAAAGAGAAGAAGAAGAAGCACAAGAAGGAGAAAGGCAAGAAGGACAGCAGUAGCAGCAGCAGUUCUUCCUGA